AUGGAGCCCCUCUUACCCAACAUCGAAGGCCAGGUCGUGCCUGAUGAGAUUCAGACCUUCAUCGAGCAGUGGCAAAGUGACGAUAUCGACCUCUUCCAGCAGUUUCUCCAUAUCCCGAACGAAGAAAUACCGGUUUAUGUUCAACCGUCCGUAGACGGCCGUGACGACACAUCGACUUACCUUGGCUCAAUGAGCCAUGCGCCAUCCCUGACAUCUGGACAGACUCACGAGUCAAUGGAGAGUGUGAAUGACGACCUCGCAAUCCCGACCUCGAGUCACCACAACCAAAAAUGGCUGUCAAAUCCUAUCACACCUUCCAGCCAGAUUCUCCACGACCACACUCAUACAAUGUCGAGACAGCCGCCCAACCACCAGCCAUACCAGCAGGACAAUACGAGCAGCCCGCCAAGGAUGAUUGCGGAGCAACGUGAGCUCAAAAAGCAACGCGAGCAGGCACGCCGGGGCUCCAAUCUCUCAGCACGUACACAAGGGGCAGGGACCCAAGGAUCUCACAGCGGCUAUGAGGUUACAUCACUACCAUCCAUCAAGGACAUUGUCGCUCAUAGCUCCAGCAUGUCCACUGGCAUAGGCAGUGUCUUCUCAACCUCAGUACACCCUGAUGAGGAUUGGACCAAGAUAUCAGAUCUUGCCGAGCGUAGCCGAAUACUGAACAGAAUCACCCAACGCAAUUACCCCCCAGAGGACCAGCCGCUCACUGGUGAUACCAGAGACUCAGACUCUCUCAACUCUGGUCGGGUGAGGCUUGCAAAAGGAUCUUCAGCACUAGUCUCGACAAAGGAGGCGCCAAAUAAGGACGAGCUGGGGCCGAAGAUCUGGACCGGUACACACUUUCUUCCGCGAUUCGUACGCGCGGCGGAGGUCCCCGGCGAGGGUAUGUGUUAUUUCUAUGAUGAUGGCAGCCACUGCAAGACGGUUGUUGAUGGCGAGACGGUGAACGCGCACUGGGGCGUCACCAAGGCUGGCAAGCCACGCAAGAGGCUGGCGAUCGCUUGUGUGACGUGCAGGGAGAAGAAGAUCAAGUGCGAUCCAGAUUAUCCCCGCUGUGUACAGUGUGAGAAGUUUGGACGGGUAUGCAAGUUCAAGAAUGCCCCACGAGGCUUUGGAAACCACACGAAGAAAGCCAACGAGCUCGAGGAUGAUGGAAAUCCACUUAAGAAUGCAAAUAAUGAUAGUUUGGCUUGGGCGUCUGCUCAAAAGGAGAAAGUUCAGAGCCCGGUUGACGUCACGGCAGAGAAAAUCGUGUUCAAGAGGAGCAGCGAGUAUUCCGGGAAAGGGGACAAGAAAGACGAUAGAGAUUCCAUCCCGUUCGAGGGACAAUUAACACAGCCUAUCAACCGAGGCCAACACAUCGGACCAUACGGACGUCAAACAACUGCAGCUGAUGAUGCUUCCAGGCACGAGAUGCUUGUGAUGAAAGCACCAUCUUACGAUCAACGGGUGCCCGAUCUAAGUCCAGACGAACAAGAUAUGGGCGCGACGAGACAUGUAUCUGCGAUUUCCGCAAAAAAGCCGUUCACGAGUCCAAAAAACAUUGAAAUUGGCAAAAGAACCGGCAUCCACAAUCAUGAGAGCCAUUCUGACACCAUUGAGCCGAAAGAUUUGAGCCAUGGAGCCCACAAAACCUAUCCAGGGCACGAGAUGUUGUGGCAGGACGCUCACUUUGUGUCGUCGACAUUGACGAGCGCCGAGAGCGCCACAAAUAACACCCUGACCUUCGAUGAGAAGGCUACAGACCCACCUGACAUCGUCUCGUGGCCAAUUGCUAUGCCUACUCAUGGCGCCACCAUUUUUGAAAGGGAUGUGGAAAAUGCGAGCUACGGCAAGCAACGGCAUAUUGGGCGCUCACGACCUCUGAAUCAAGAGAAACGGAUGAAAGGCGCUAUCAUGAGAAAACUUGGUUCAUGUCUCGAAUGCCGCCGUAGAAGAGUGCUUUGUCAACCUUGGCAUCACGACAUAGCUUGGGGGGAGGCCGUUGAGGGAUACAUAAACCGUAAAGAGGAUUCGACAGCGAAGGAAAUCGCCCCACAUGGAACCGGAUAUCGCGAGCAGCAAAACUGCGCACCAUUCCAGGAGGGCACUGUUGCAGAUUCCGGCUACAUGUCUGCUUGUGCACCUAGGCCUGAUCAGGAUCUAAAGCCCCACGAGGACCUGAAUGAACAUGACACCAUGAUGUCGCCAGGAGAACAAAACAAACUGGCAGUGGAUCAAAAAUCUGUGUAUACAUCUCUGGAACUGCCUCACGGCUCAGAAUACAUCAGUGAUCUCUGCAAUGAUAUCUACCUGAAGUUGAAGAAUGACUUGCAGGAGCAAUUAUCGGGUCAAGCUCGUUUAAAAAUGCCCAAAUGUCUCCCGGACCUCGUCAAAGCACUCGCCAUCCGAAUUGGCCUCGACAGAUCGAAUCCGUCAGGUCCCUAUAUCAUGCAGUUCCUCCAUGUACACCACAAGGAUAUUGUGGCACAACUCGGAGGCAUUUCUCAAAAUCGGGAAGAAAGCCCAGAGGACGGCUUAUUUGAAGGAGUCCGCGAUGAAGAAGAAGUGGACAUCUUUAGCGAUACCAAGAUGGCUGCACACCGAGAAUAUGUCUUGAGCAGUACGGCGUAUCAAUGGUUCAUCGGAAAUCUGAAAAAGCAGCUGUCGUUGGACUGGGAUUCUGAUGAUUUGAGCGAUGCCAACUCAUUCCACCACUCAAUCAUGUCAAACAUGUCACCGGGAAUAAUCAGCAAGCAUCAACCUCCGGAGAUCCAUCACGCAAAAUUCCACGUCAAACUUCGCCCAGGCGUCUUUCGUCAUUUUCAACGGGGGCCUGUUGACAACUUGGUGACGUUUACAAGCUCUGCGCCAAACAUUGUUCAAGCCUCAACACUACAAGGUUAUCUAGAGCGAACAUGGUCAUCAGGAGACAUGAGCUUAGUCAAACUCAUACAAAUGGUAUUUUGUGCAGCAGACAGAAGUAUCGAGACUGGCAUGUUUGACGACAACACGUCAAUCACAGCACAGAUCGAAAGGCUGGAACACUCUCACUCAACCGAUUUGCUGAUCACAGUCUCUGGUCCCCGGUACUCAAUUUCUCAAUGUGGAGAGCAGCUGGCUUGGCUGGGCGCAGUAAUUCAAACCUACAGGUCCGGUAUCGCCAGCUGCACCUGCAGCCUCGAAACAUCUGCGAGGGUCCCAAAAGCCCCAAGAUCUGGGGAUGCAACAAUCAUCCAGGGCUUUCCCACAACCAAACGACCGCCUCUCUUUCAGGGCCUUGAGCUAGGGCUGACCUGGAUGCUUGAGCUCAUCGGCGCAUCUUGGCCGCCCGUCAUCGAGAACGACAAAAUUGUGUUGAAAGGCUUUCAGCACACGCUUGAGUUGGUCAAGCAAAGUCAAAACGUCUUGCUGUGGCAUACUCUUCACUCGAGCGCGAUAUCUUGUUCAUUCUGCGAAUGCCCUUCUUUCAACGAAAACGAAAAACCAUCUUCUGGUAUUAGAUUCAAGACACUCAUGUGGGCAUGGACUAGUCGACAUAUAAUCUCAAACCCAGAGCGCCUUGGAGUGCCUGUAGCCGCUGCAGGAUGUCCAAUCGAUCAAAGAAUAGGCCAGGAUUGUGCAAAAUCUGAGAUCCAAGACAUUGACAUGCGAGAAGAUCCCGAUCCGAUGCUAUCUCCAGCGGAGAAAAGCGACAAUGUCGUGGAGUCUUCCGGAGAUUCUCUGGACUCAGAUAUGCUGUCAAUAUCAUCCGAAGAAACAGACUGUCUUCCAAUCAUAGACCCAGGAAAUCCUCUCAAACUGAUCAUUGAUGACAUCUCCCUUCGCAUUUUCUCUCAUUACAAGAAGUCCGAAGGGUUCAGAUCAAACCCUCAAUCUGAGCACACAGGAAACAGCGGGGCAGCACAUAAAACAGGCGACUCAUCAACACCAUGUACAACAUCGCAAUCCCAUGGCAUGGAAGUGCGCCGCACUGGCAAGCGAGCCCGACCCGACGAUGAGGAUGAAGACUGGGACGAAGGGGGGUUUCGCAAACCUCCGCGGCCCACGAAACGACCGACACGGUCGCCGAAUAGACUCCGUGUCAAAAUGUUGGCCUGUCCUUUUUGGAAGCUGGACUCUGAAGUUCACAGACUCUGCUUCCACAGGAAGUGCAGCAGGAUCUCAGACGUGAAGUAUCACUUGGCCCGGAAACACAAGCUACCGGCUAUAGAGUACUGCCAACGAUGCUGGACCGCCUUCGAAGGCCAGGCUCACAAAGAGGGGCAUCUCCGUGACCCAUUGGGUCAGGGUUGUAGAUAUAACCCAGCCGCCAGACCUGUAGGAAUUGACAACAAUAUGGCUGCGGCUCUACACAAGAAGUCGAACCCAAGUCAGUCCACAGAGGACCAGUGGUUUGCCAUCUGGGAUAUUGUAUUUCCAGAUCAGCCUAGGCCAUCGUCACCGUACGUCAACGACAGCUUGUCAGAGGAUGCCGUGCAGCUUCAAGAAAUCAUCCUCAACCAAUGGCCACACAUACUAGCUUCUAUCGCAGAAGAAGCCGAGAGAUCGAGUGUUUCGGUCAAUACAGAUAGGCUGGAACAAGAACACUUGAUUCGGGCGACUUUAAACCGGCUCCUGGAUGACUUUUCAGCAGCACAGGAAACGAUGCGGGCAGCCAGAUCGGCCUCGAAUUACCAAAGCCCUGGGGGCCAGACGUCAUCCUCAUCCAAUCGUGCUGAUAGUGCUAUCGAGAUGGGCUCGAACCUGCAAUUCAAUCAACUAUCUUCGAACUCUGGGGAUGAUGCUUCCAUUCUCACUGCCGGUACCACCGAACCUCAUCUCGAAAUUCACCCUCCAGGUCCAAGCCUUGAGAGCACUGGCAUGCAUGGCAGACGCGAAAGGUCAAUCUUGUCUUCAGGUCAAUACAAUGACGUUAUCAACUAUGCCCAACAAGACAUACCAGGACCACUUCCUUCUAUUCGAAGCACUGUCAUCCACGAGCAACUCAGGAUGCCAACUCCAACGAUGAGCCAGAGUAACGAAGUCCCCGUCGGAAAUGGCGUGCACACUAGUAGCAUCUACAGAACUGAUCAUUCUUUCGGAGUUGACUUCACAUUUAAUGACUCAAAUCGCCCAUCGACAGCAGGCCACUGGUCUCAGUUUCCCCCGGGAAGUGGCGAAUACAACGGAAACAUAUCGUGGGGGGACAUGGAAGUUCCGACGGAGUUCGACUGGUCAAUGUUUGAUACCGCCGCGGACAAUACCCCACCGCACACUGACAACACGGGUGGUGGUGAGCAAAGAGAUAUCAUCGAGGGGUGA